AUGAUGAACAUCACAAUCCCGCAGACCGACCACAUCAAAAUCCUAGGAGUCAUCAUAGACUCAAAGCUCAACUUUAUACAGCAUGUUAAGUACGUCAUCAACAAAGCAACCAAAAUAUUUAAGAACCUUUGCAAAUUCGUCCGGCCGACUUGGGGAGUUCACCCUGAGAACGUCGACUGUAUAUACCGCCAAGUUAUUGUCCCUAUAAUCACGUAUGCAGCAGGCAUCUGGGGUUCGGCCACUAGAUUCUAUUCAGUGCGCCAAGCCCUCAGAUCCUUUCAAAGGAACUUCGCUAUUAGGGCAAUACGAGGAUUCCAUACCAUCUCGGCAGUCGCAGCGUUGGCGCUGGCUCAAUUUCCUCCCCUACACUUAAUCAUAAAUGAGACUUUUGAGAUUCACCAUAUCAAACAGACCGGAACAUGCAAUGAAUUGCCUGAUGACAUCACAUUAUACCCAAAAUCCAAAGUCAGAGAUCUCCUACACCCGGCCAACCGAGUCACCAUAAAGUACGACGAAGCCACCACGCAAGAGGACACCACAGCUUUAAUCAAUCCAGAUGCGCCCAAUAUUUUCACCGACGGCAGCAAGAAAGAAGACGGACAAGCAGGGGCUUCGUUCGUGGUGAUGCUAGAAGGACAGCCUCCGAUCAUCAAGAAAUUCAAGCUGAGCCGCACUGCUUCUGUUUUUAUGUGUGAGCUUUAUGCCAUAACCGAAGCCCUCAGAUGGCUCAUCAAUAGUGAUUCCAUAGAAGCUGUUAUAUUUUCUGACUCCCAAUCUUCCCUGAAAGCCAUCCAAAACCGGAGUAAUACAGACCCAUUAGUGAAUCAAAUCCACCAUAUGUUAUCCCACCUUUCUUCCCGGCACACCAAAGUACAGUUCGUGUGGGCCAAGGCCCACGUUGGAAUCGUAGGCAACGAACUAGCGGAUGCUGCGGCAAAAGAAGCGGCUGAGAGGAAAACAGCAACUUUGCACAAUUUCUUCCCGCUCUCCCACGCCAAAAGGCUGCUUCGGCAGCGUACCCUCGAUGCCUGGCAGCAGGAAUAUGUGUCGGCGCCGCAAGGGGCCACCACAAAAUCUUUCUUCUCAUCUAUUUCCGAAAUAGCCGAAUUCAGAAAAUACAUAAAAAUCUCCUUCACCAUCACACAAAUCUUAUCUGGGCACGGCUACCACAAAACUUAUUUGCAUAAAUACCGAAUCACUGAGGACGAUCGUUGUCCUUGCGACGACGAGACUCCUCAGGACGUUCGCCACCUUCUAGAAUUCUGCCCAAUAUUCUUCAGAACCCGGGAAAAAUACACAAUGAUGUGCCUCAAAAGGAAAAUCGAACCUUUUAAAAUGAACACGAUGACUAAAUCUGAAGAUGCCAUCAAAUACUUCACAGAACAUGUAAACAAUAUCGUCACACACUUGAAACAAAUAAAUGGCACCUAA